AUGGGAUGUGGAUCUGCUAAACCCACUCAGCACAACCACAACCACAACCAGCUACAGCUGAGAAAAUGCGACAAAGCAAAUGUCCCAGUUCCAGUGGCAACAGCGAUACGCGCGGCCCUGCUGAUCCAGCGCUGGUAUCGGCAGUACGUGGCCCGGCUAGAGAUGAGGCGCCGCUGCACGUGGAACAUUUUCCAGUCCAUAGAGUACGCAGGACAGCAGGACCAGAUCAAGCUCUACAACUUCUUUGGCUUCCUCAUGGAUCACUUCACUCCAGCAAGCAGUGAAAGGAACCUGAUCUCCCACAUAUUCCGAGAGAACGAGACGUUCCAGGAUGUAGAAUGGGAGCCGUACUUCUGCUACAAGAGCAUCGAGGUGCCAGACAUGUACGCAGGGCCUCACCUCACUUUUCCACUGACUGUCAGCAACAUCACUGAGCUGGUGGAGGCAUUCAAACACAAACAACAGCUCCAUGCUCGAUAUGUCCUGCAGCUCCUUGGGGAAACCUGGAGACUGCUGAGGAUCUUGCCAAACAUCACUGAGGUGUCGACCUGCCACAGCAAGGAGAUCACCAUCUGUGGAGAUCUGCAUGGACAUCUUGAAGAUCUCCUACUGGUAUUUUAUAAAAACGGCUUACCAUCAGUGGAGACUCCAUACGUCUUCAAUGGAGACUUUGUGGAUCGAGGGAAAGACUCCAUUGAGAUUCUGCUGAUCCUGUUUGCUUUCCAGUUGGUUUAUCCAAAUGAUGUUCACCUCAACAGGGGAAACCACGAAGACCACAUUGUGAAUUUGAGGUAUGGCUUCACCAAGGAGGUUCUCGGGAAGUACAGGCUUCAUGGGAAGAAGAUAUUAAAGUUGCUCCAGAAGAUCUUUAGCUGGCUGCCCCUGGCAACUUUGAUCGACCAGAAAGUGCUGAUUCUGCACGGUGGAAUCUCAGACACUACUGACCUCAAACUUAUUGCCAAACUGGAACGAAACAGAUAUGUCUCAGCCCUCCGGCCUCCAAAGCGCCAGCAAGCUGUGAAGUCGAAAGGUCCUGGUGGCCAGUACUCAGAUGGAGAAGGGGACCGCUACAGCGCUGCCGGCCGGAGGAGAGUCCGCUCUCUGACCCACAGCAACCCUGCGACCGCUCGCCAUGAGCUCCAGCGGCGCUCCCUGCAGGCCUACUGCAUCCGCACCAGCCCCAACGUGGAGGAGGAGCUCCGGGAGAGGAGGAGGUGGGCGGGGCUCAGCGCAUCCUGCAAGAGGAUACAUGACCCGAUCUCCUCAGAUUCAGACCCGGACUCCGGGGAAGUGCAGGAGACAGACGCCGAAGAGUGGAAACAGAUAGUGGACAUGCUGUGGAGUGACCCGAUGCCACAGGACGGCUGCAUCCCGAAUGAAGUGCGAGGGGGCGGUUGUUACUGGGGGCCGGACGUGACACAGGAAGUGCUCAACCGCCACAACCUGCGGCUACUCAUCCGAUCACACGAGUGCAAACAAGAUGGCUACGAGUUUUGUCACAACCGCAAGGUGUUGACCAUUUUCUCUGCAUCUAACUACUAUGAGGUGGGCAGCAACAGAGGAGCUUACAUCAGACUGGGGCCGGACCUCAAUCCACACGUUGUCCAGUACCAAGCCAGCAGAUCCACCAGAGAACUCACACUGAGGCAGAGUGUUGGUCGGACAGAGCGCUCUGCUCUACGAGCCCUGAGAGAACAGCUUUUUGCACACAAGUCUGACCUCAUCAGCGCCUUCGAGGAAUAUGACCCAGAGCACACAGGUGAGAUCUCGAUGAAGCAUUGGGCCGUUGCAACGGAAACAGUGCUGCAUCUGGGCCUGCCCUGGAGAGUCCUGCGGUCACAGCUGGUGGGAUGUAGCACACAGGAUGGCAUGAUCAAUUACAACGACUGGUUCAGAAAGCUCGCCCUCAUGGACCCCAACAAGGAGUUGGCUCAUACAGGGCUGCUGGAAACCAUGUACCGGCACCACUCCAAUCUGGAGACCAUCUUCAGAAUUAUAGACACGGAUCACUCCGGUCUCAUCUCAUUUGAGGAGUUCCGGCAGACAUGGAAGCUGCUGAGCUCUCACCUGAAGAUGGAAAUCAGCGAUAAGGCAAUCUCCGACCUGGCCCUCAGCAUUGACUUUAACAAGGACGGCAGCAUCGACAUCAACGAGUUUAUGGAGGCCUUCAGGCUGGUGGACUGUUCGCAUGCCCAGAUACUGGACAGCAUUAACGAAGCGUUGACCCCUGACCUGCAACAGCCAAAAAGCCCCUCAUAG